AUGUCUCUAUUCAAAUUAUUCUCCUGCUGCCUUCCCGUUCAAAAAUCGAAGAAAAAUCCUGUAUUGGAUUCGCCUGUUGGAGCAGUGUCGCCUGUUGUAGUGUCGCCCACAACUCCAAAAAUCCAAGAUGUUUUCUUAUUGGACAUGCCGGAUCUGGUAAUGAGAGAAAUAUUGAAGAAUCUUGACGUUCUGACAUUUCAAAAACUCCGAAAAGUUUGUUUUUCGCUUCGGAAGUUUGUAGAUUUUGUGAAACCGGAUAGCAACUUGAAAGAAAUUUUAAUUGAAGUGAGAGCUGAUCUAAUUACGGGAUCUGUGAAAGGGCAACAAAUGAAAAUGAUAAAGCACGUUUAUAAAGAGCACGAAGAUGGAUGUGAGAUGACCAUAAAUUUUCGUGAAGCAAAAGUUAUCGAGAAAAACUUCAUCGACGUUUAUGCUGGCAAUUUUCUUCGGCCGUUACUCGAAAAUCAGAAAUCUCCUUUGGACAAAUUAUGUUUGAUUGAACAAAAUGCUGAUAAACUAAACAUGAAACUACCACAAACUCCAAGGAAGUUUCUCGUGCCAACUUUCGAAAAUGUGUUUAAUUGUUCGAUGAAGGUCCUGGAGUCGAGAGGGUGCUUACUGCAAGUCGAAUGUCUAAAAAUUUCUGUGUUGGGGCAAGACCAACUGAUGACGAUGCUUCGUUAUGUCGAUUUGAAGUUUUUGAAAAAAUUGAAAAUUUACCGAUUGGAAGAAACCGAGAGUAGAGUUCAUACUGAAUAUAUUCUGAAUCUCGACAUACUGGAAAAUUGUGAAAAACUGGAGAAACUCUGUGUGAAAGGUUUCUACAUCUCCUCUUCAUUCAGUCUAUUCACUCAUAUUCCUGAGUUGAAAGUCAGUAUGCAAAUCAUUUACUGCGACGAAGUAAUUCAAUUUCAAGAGACAUUGGUCAAAUUUUUUUCUGUUAUGUACGCUACAACGAAUUUCCCGACAAAUCUCGAUUUAUGGAAACUCUCGGCCCACCACAAGAUGCUAACAAUGUUAACUUGA